AUGGCGCAGAGGGCCCGUCUGUCUUAUGAUGAUUACACAGUCGGAUGGAUUUGUGCUCUGCCGUUGGAGAUGGCCGCUGCCGCAGCAAUGCUGGAUGUGCUCCACGAAGAACUGCCUGUGCAACCAAAUGAUCAUAAUACAUACAUCUUUGGCCAAAUUGGCCUUCAUAAUGUUGUUAUCACUUGCUUACCCAGCCGAGAGUAUGGUAUAGCAUCAGCCGCGACAGUAGCUACGCAGCUGAAGUCCAGUUUCCAUGCCAUUCGGUUCGGCUUGAUGGUGGGGAUUGGCGGCGGGAUACCCAAUGAGACAAACGACGUACGUUUAGGCGACAUUGUAGUCAGCAGUCCCACAGGUAUCUACGGCGGAGUAGUCCAGUACGACUACGGGAAAGCAUAUCCUGGACAUUUUGAACAUACAGGGACACUGGAUCGGCCGCCACGGACCUUGCUUUCAGCCUUGGCGAAACUGCAAGCCAGACACGAGGUGCAGGGAAGCAAAGUUUGCCAUUCAGUAACUGAGAUGUUCAGGAGAAAUCCCUUCAUGGAGAGCGGAUAUGCACGCCCUCAGUCAUCGGAUUACUUAUUUUUGUCCGACUACAUCCAUAAGUCACGGGCGAGUUCCUGCAUUCAUUGUGACUUAUCAAGAAGUGUCAAGCGCCCUAAACGAAUUAGUAAUGAGCCCGUGAUUCAUUACGGUUUGAUUGCGUCCGGCAACAGGGUCAUCAAAGACUCCUGCCUAAGGGACCAGCUCGGGCGAAAAUUUGGAGCCAUAUGUGUUGAGAUGGAAGCUGCAGGCCUGAUGAACACGUUUCCCUCUUUGGUAAUCCGGGGAAUCUGCGACUACGCAGAUACCCAUAAGAAUAAAAGUUGGCAGAGAUACGCAGCGGCCGUUGCAGCGGCUUACACUAGAGAACUCCUUCAGGUCACAUCAGUUACAAGCAGUGGUGUCCCCCGGCAUGAAUCCAAUACUAAUUAUACACCAAGUCAUGACUUACAUAUCAGGAAGAGCAUCCUGCACAGCACGUGCAUGUCAUUCACAGGUAUGUUAGGAUCCCAACAUAGUAGCUUUCGGGCAUCAAUAACUGAUAUUUCCCAACUUUAG